GCGGCUCCGGUCCAAGAUGGCGGCGGGCGGCGGCGGCUCGGCGGGGUCUUGGGCUCCUCCCGCCCGCGGCCGCUUCCCCGCUCGGCCUCCGGGUCGGGGCCCGGGCCGUUCCCCUUUCCCUUCCUCCUCUUCCACCUCCUCUUCUUCGUCUUCCUCCUCCUCCUCUCUCCGGUCUCGGACUCCGCUUUUGGGGCCUCCCGGAGAAACAACAACAACCACCGCCACCACGGACCCCGCGGUGCGGGCGCUGCUGGGCCUAUGCGGCGGGAUGAGGCGGCUGCGAGCGCUGCUGGGGGACGGGGGGAGCCCACCGGACGAGUUUUGGGGUUUCCGCCCGGAGGAGCUGCCGUCCGCCCCCCCCGCCCGGCGCUCGCCCAGAGGGACCCCGUGGGGCGCCCCGCCCCCCCCCAGCGAGGACGUGUUCCCCCCCCGCGGCCGAGGGGGGGCUCGGGGGCGGCGGGGGAGGGGUACGGUGCUGGGCAGCCUCCGGCAGUUCGUUACCCCCUUCGUUAGCGCCCGCUCCGCUCGGCCCAUCCGACCCCCCCGACGCUUCGUCGACCCUCCGCCGCCUGCUGGGAGCCUCCCAGUACACACUGGGGACCUCCCAGUACCCGCUGGGAACAUCCCAGUACCUACUGGGGGCACUGGGGACCUCCCAGUACCCGCUGGGGACCUCCCAGUAGCCACUGGGAACCUCCCAGUACCCACUGGGGGCACUGGGGACCUCCCAGUAGCCGCUGGGGACCUCUCAGUACCCACUGGGGACCUCCCAGUAGCCACUGGGCACCUCCCAGUACUUACUGGUGGCACUGUGGACCUCCCAGUAUCUGCUGGGGACCUCUCAGUACCCACUGGGGACCUCCCAGUAGCCGCUGAGGGUCUCCCAGUACCCACUGGUAACAUCCCAGUAUCUACUGGUGGCACUGGGGACCUCCCAGUAGCCGCUGGGGACCUCCCAGUACCUACUGGGGGCACUGGGGACCUCCCAGUAGCCACUGGUGACAUCCCAGUAGCUACUGGUGGCACUGGGGACCUCCCAGUAGCCGCUGAGGGCCUCCCAGUAGCCAAUGGUAACAUCCCAGUAGCUACUGGUGGCACUGGGGACCUCCCAGUAGCCGCUGAGGGCCUCCCAGUAGCCACUGGUAACAUCCCAGUACUUACUGGGGGCACUGGUGACCUCCCAGUAGCCACUGGUCAUAUCCCAUCAUACACUGGUGGCCUCCCAGUAGUCACUGGUGACCUCCCGGUAGCCACUGUCCCUCCCAGUGCCACCGUGUCCCCUCCCGGUGUCACCGGGCCGCGCCGGGCCAUCCUGCGCGAGGCCACCUUCCGCUGGACGUCACCGCGCCGCGAUGUCACCCGGGACGGCGCGAGGACACCCGGAGACGGCGCUGGAGGAACCAGGAAGACCCCGGAGACCGUUAGGGACACCGCGGUGGCAUCAGGAGACCCUUUGGUGACAUCUGGAAUUCCCUUGGUGACAUCUGGAGACCCUUUGGUGACAUCUGGAGACCCUUUGGUGACGUCUGGAGACGCUUUGGUGGCAUCUGGAGGCCCUACGAUGGCAUUUGGUGACACCGUGAUGGCAUCUGGAGAUGCUUUGGUGACAUCUGGAGUCCCCUUGGUGACAUCUGGAGAUGCUUUGGUGACAUCUGGCAAUGGUUUGGUGACAUCUGGAGGGCCUACGAUGGCGUUUGGUGACACCACAAUGAAAUCUGGAGACCCUUUGGUGACGUCUGGAGACGCUUUGACAUCUGGAGGUGCUUUGGUGACAUCUGGAGAGGCUUUGGUGGCACCUGGAGACGCAUUGGUGACAUCUGGUGAUGCUUUGGUGACAUCUGGAGUUGCUUUGGUGACAUCUGGAGACGGUUUGGUGACAUCUGGAGAUGGUUUGGUGGCAUCUGGAGACCCUACGGUGGCAUUUGGUGACACCACGAUGGCACCCGGAGCCCCUUUGACAUCCGGAGCCCCUUUGGUGACACCCGGAGACCCCCUGGUGACAUCUGGGGACGUGGUGAUGACCCCCGAGGACACCACCAUGCCGUUUGGUGACACCGCCACGACAUCCGAAGCCACCGCCUUGGCCCUCGGUGACACCGCCGUCACCCUUCCGGAUAACGUGGUGACCCUAAAAGCCGUGGUGGCCCUCGGGGACACCGUAGUGGCCCUUGGGGACACCGUGGUGGCCCUCGGAGCCCCUUUGGUGCCGUUGGCGCCCCCCAAAGCCGCCAUCGGUGACGCCGCGGUGGCUCUGGGUGACGCCGGAGUGGCUCUGGGUGACGCCGGAGUGACUCUGGGUGACGCUGGGGUGGCCCUUGGGGACAUGGUGGUGGCCUUUGGGGACAGCGGCCGCCGUCCCCCCCUCUUGCGCGCCGCCCGCUUCACGCCAGGCCCGGCUCACCUCCGCAUUUACCAAUCGCUGAGCGGUGACGCCGGCGUCACCGACGGCUCCGAUGUCACCUCCCGGCGUCCCUUCGCCGCCGCCAACCAUUUGACGUGGCCGCGCUUCGCUCCGGCGACGCGUGAUGUCACCGACGACGUCACCGACGACGUCACCGAUGGCGUCACCGACGGCGACGGCGUCACCGACGGCGUCAGCGACGGCGAUGGCGUCACCGACGGCGUCACCGGUGACAUCGUUGGGGACAUCGACCGCGUCUACAGUCUCCUGAGCCGCGCGAAGGACCAACUGGGGCGCAUCGAGAGGCGCUGCCCGCAGGUGCCGGAGGAGGAACCCGCAGAGGCCGAAGGGGGACACGGAGACCCCCAGGGUCCCCGGAUCAAACACGUUUGCCGUCACGCCGCGGUGGCACUCGGACACGCCAGAGCCACCGUCCCCGAGAGCGUCCCCCGACUCAGCGCCCUCCCCGUUCCGGGGACCCCCCGGCCCGGAUCCCCCCAGGAAGAGACAUCGUCAGCGUCGGAGGCGGAGGGCGGCCGUGCCAAGCGCCCGCGCCCCGCUGUCCCCACCGUCCCAUCCGGUGGCUUUGGGGAUACCGCGGGGGGUCCCGUUGUCCCCUCCGGUGGUUUUGGGGACACCGUUGGGACCGUUUCGGGGGUCCCCUCUUCUCGUCCCCCCCGAAAGAACCGCCAAGCGCGCUGCGGGCGCUGCCGCGGCUGCCGCCGCCUCCAGGACUGCGCCCACUGCCCCAACUGCCGCGACAAGCGCAAGUUUGGGGGGCCCAACACCAAGAAACAGUGCUGCGUGUACCGUAAAUGCGAUAAGAUCGAAGCGAGGAAGAUGGAGCGGUUGGCGCGGAAAGGGCGCUGCCCCCCCCGCUCGGCGCCGUGGGACUCGGAGGAGUCUGGGGACGAGGGGACAGCGGGGGACACGUCGGGGGACAUGGGGGACCCGGGGGGGGACACGGACACCCCGCGGCGCUCCGGGAGGCGCUGUCUGCCCCCCCCCUGCAACGGGGACACCGGCGGGGGACAGCCUGACGGGCCCCCCCCGGAGGAGGCGCCCCCCCCGGCCGCGCCGCACCCCCCUACAGCCCCUCCUGCAGCUGCGGGCACGGAGGAGGGGGAGUGGGGCCCCCCCGGGGCGCUGGAGCCCCCCCAAAACGGCUGGGGGGGGGCCUGGCCCAGUGAUGGGGUUCAUCGCCUGCGCGUCGACUUCAAGGAGGACUGCGCGCUGGAUAACGUGUGGCUGAUGGGGGGACUCAGCAUCGUCUCCUCCGUCCCCGUCACUGCGCCCCUCGUCUGUCUCCUCUGCGCCAGCAAAGGCCUCCACCAGCUGCGGCUGUGCCAGGUUUGCUGUCAGCCCUUCCACUCGUUCUGCCUCGGCCCCGAGGAGGCGCCCGAGCCCGGAGAGCGCUGGAGCUGCCGCCGCUGCAAGGCCUGCCACGCCUGCGGCCGCAGGGGACACCCCCACAGGGUGCUGCUGGAGUGCUGCCGGUGCCGCCGCUGCUUCCACCCUUCGUGCCUCGGCCCCGGAGCGCCCCCCCGCGCCCCCCCCCCGCGCCUGGCUGUGCUGGGGCUGUUCGCGGUGUCGGAGCUGUGGGGCGACCCCGGGGGGCGCAGGAGGGGACCCCGAAUGGACCCCCCAAGACGGGCUCUGUCCCCCCUGCGCCCGACGGCGGCGACACGUUCCCCCCCCGCAGGGUCCUUCUGCCCCACCUGUGCCUGUUGGGGGGGGAGCGAAGAGGAGGGGCGACUCCCCCCCUGUCCCCAGUGCGGCCGCCCCACGGAGCCGCUCUCCGGACCCCUAUCCCGGGUACUUGGGGGGCUCCUUCGCUCACCCCACGGCGCCGCCCUCCUGCGCUGCCCCCAGUGCCCCCCCGGGGGGGAGAAGGGGCACCCGGGACCCUGCGACCUCGGGGCCAUCGGAGCCCUCGUCGAGAGCGGCGGAUACGGCUCCGUGGAGGAUUUCAGCCAGGACGUGGUGGGGGUCCUGCUGAGGGGGGGGGCGGCGGGGAGAGAACCCCCCGACGGGGCCCGGCAGCUCUUCGUCCAGCUGAUGGGGGGCGCUUUCCCCUGGUUCGACGCGGAGGACCCCGAACUGUGGCGCCCGCGAGGGGGGGGCGGUGGGGCGCUGCCCCCCCCCACCCCCGACCACACGUACGCCCAGUGGCACCCGGAGCCCCCCCCGACCCACGCGUUGGCCGAGGACGCCGUGGGGGCUCCGGGCGAUGCCUUUGGGGGGGACGAUCGGCUCUGUGUGCUCUGUCUGCAGCGCGGGGACGCCCCCCCCCAGGAGGCGGGGCGGCUGCUCUACCUGGGGCAGAACGAGUGGGCUCACGUCAACUGUGCGCUGUGGUCGGCCGAAGUCUUCGAGGAGGACGAUGGGACCCUCCGCAACGUCCACGCGGCCGUCGCCCGCGGCCGCCAGAUGCGCUGUGAGCUGUGCGGCCGCCCCGGCGCCACCGUCGGCUGCUGUUUGGCCGCUUGUUUGGCCAAUUACCACUUCAUGUGCGCCCGGCGCCGCCGCGCCGCCUUCCAGCGCGACAAGAAGGUCUUCUGCCACCGGCACACGCGGCUCCUCGACGGCACCGAGCUCGUGGAGGACGAGGACUUUGCGGUGCUGCGCCGCGUCCUGGUGGAUUUUGGGGGGAUCAGCCUGAAACGCAAGUUUUUGGGGGGACUCGAGCCGGAGGCCGUCAGCGUCAUGAUCGGGUCGAUCCGCAUCGACAGUUUGGGGGCACUGACGGAGCUCUCGGAGAGCGGAGGGAGACUCUUCCCAGUGGGCUACCAGUGCUGGCGGCUGUACUGGAGCACGCGGGACGCUCGCCGCCGCUGUUGGUAUCGCUGUCGGAUCGUGGAGCGCCGCCCGGGGGGGGGCGCCGAGGGGGGAGGGGCUCCCCCGGAGCAGAACCGCACCAUCCCCCACGGCCCCCCCGGGUCCCCCCCGACACCCCCCCUGCGGCGGCCAUCGCGUCCCCUCCCCCCACCAGGCAGUGCUCCCCCCGUCCCUCGUCACGUCGUCACCGUUGGGGACCCCGAGAUCCCCCCUCUCCGUCGGAGCCGCCCCUCCCCUCUGUCCCCUCUGUCUCCACGGCGAUGGCCCAUGGCCACCAACCCCCCCCCGGGGCCACCAACCACACCCGAUGGACCACCACCAACGUCACCCGAUGGGACGCGGCCAACGUCACCCAUGGAGUCACCAACGUCACCCAAUGGACCACCACCAACGUCACCCAUGGAGUCACCAACGUCACCCAUGGAGUCACCAACGUCACCCAAUGGACCACCACCAACGUCACCCAUGGAGUCACCAUCACCCAAUGGACCACAGCCAAUGUCACCCAAUGGGACGCGGCCAACGUCACCCAUGGAGUCACCGACGUCACCCAAUGGACCACAGCCAAUGUCACCCAAUGGGACGCGGCCAACGUCACCCAUGGAGUCACCGACGUCACCCAUGGAGGCAUCACCGUCACCCAUGGAGUCACCGUCGUCACUGAUGGAGCCCCCAACGUCACCCACGGAGUCCCCAACGUCACCCAUGGAGCCACCGUCACCCAGUUGGCCAAUGUCAACGUCACCCGUGGAGCCAUUGUCACCUCCAGGGCCACCAUUGGCCAAUGGACCAAGGCCAAAGGUGCCCAUGGAGCCAUCGGCACCCAAUGGGUCCCUCGUGAAGGCCCCAUUGCUCUUCACUCAACGUCCUUCCAUGGGGCCAACGUGUCCAUCAAGGUCAACGUCCUCCAUGGAGCCACCAUCGCUCUUCACUCAACGUUCCUUCACCAAACCACCAUCUCCCUUGAGGUCAAUGUCCUCCAGAGCUCCUCCAUCGCUCUUAACUCAACGUUCCUCCACUGAACCACCAUCUCCCUCGAGGUCAACGUCCUCCAUGGAGUCUCCAUCACUCUUAACUCAAUGUCCUUCCAUGGGGCCAACGUCAACCUCAAAGUCAACAUCCUCCACGGCUCCUCCAUCGCUCUUAACUCAACGUUCCUCCACCGAACCACCAUCUCCGUCAAAGUCAAUGUCUUCUGUGGGUCCUCCAUUGCUCUUAACUCAAUGUUCCUCCACCGAACCACCAUCUCCCUCGAGGUCAACGUCCUCCAUGGAGUCUCCAUCGCUCUUAACCCAACGUUCCUCCACUGAACCACCAUCUCCCUCGAGGUCAAUGUCCUCCACGGCUCCUCCAUCGCUCUUAACCCAACGUUCCUCCACCGAACCACCAUCUCCCUCGAGGUCAACGUCCUCCAGAGCUCCUCCAUCGCUCUUAACCCAACGUUCCUCCACCGAACCACCAUCUCCAUCAAAGUCAAUGUCUUCUAUGGGUCCUCCAUCGCUCUUAACUCAAUGUUCCUCCACCGAACCACCAUCUCCCUUGAGGUCAAUGUCCUCCACGGCUCCUCCAUCGCUCUUAACUCAAUGUUCCUCCACCGAACCACCAUCUCCCUCGACGUCAACGUCCUCCAGACCUCCUCCAUCGCUCUUAACCCAACGUUCCUCCACCGAACCACCAUCUCCCUCGAGGUCAACGUCCUCCAGAGCUCCUCCAUCGCUCUUAACCCAACGUUCCUCCACCGAACCACCAUCUUCCUCGAGGCCAACGUCCUCCAGAGCUCCUCCAUCGCUCUUAACCCAACGUUCCUCCACCGAACCAACGUCUCCCUCGAGGUCAACGUCCUCCAUGGAGUCUCCAUCGCUCUUAACUCAAUGUUCCUCCACCAAACCAACAUCUCCAUCAAAGUCAACGUCCUCCAUGGAGUCUCCAUCGCUCUUAACUCAACGUUCCUCCACCGAACCACCAUCUCCCUCGAGGUCAACGUCCUCCAUGGAGUCUCCAUCGCUGCUGAGUGGCGGUUGUCCCCCGUCGGCGCCGUUGUCCCCUUCGGGCGGUGGUGGAGUGGUGGCUCUGGCGGAGGUGGACGUGGCGGCGUUGGCCCUGGCCGGGCUCUUGGGCACCGCGGGGCCACCGGGAGGUGACAGCAGUGAAGAUGAGGACGGUGGUGGCCUUCGCGGUGGUGGUCUUCGCGGUGGCGGUUAUUACCGUUUCUCCCGCACGGUGGUGACCCGCGAGCCCCUGGCGCAGUGUCCUCUGCCGGUGGCCCACAUCGACCAAUUGGAUGGAGUGGAUGACGGUGGGGACAAAGGACGAGGGCCACGGCCACCGCCGCCGCCACCGCCCGCCGAGGACCUCCCGUCCGACAUCGUGGACUUUGUCCUCAAGAACAUGGCGGGGGACGGCCCCAAAGCCAACGGGGACCUUCUGGGAGGAGGAAACGGCGGAGAUGGAGACGUUCGUGGUGGUCGUGGAGGUGUCAACCAUAGAGAUGGAGUCCAUGGAGACGUUCUCGGUGGUGGAAACCAUAGAGAUGGAGUCCAUGGAGAUGUUUGUGGUGGUCAUGGAGGUGUCAACCAUAGAGAUGGAGUCCGUGGAGAGGUUCUCGGUGGUGGAAACCAUAGAGGUGGAGCCCAUGGAGACGUUCUCGGUGGUGGAAACCAUAGAGGUGGAGCCCAUGGAGAGGUUCUCGGUGGUGGAAACCAUAGAGAUGGAGUCCAUGGAGACGUUCUCGGUGGUGGAAACCAUAGAGAUGGAGUCCAUGGAGAUGUUCUCGGUGGUGGAAACCAUAGAGAUGGAGUCCAUGGAGACGUUCUCGGUGGUGGAAACCAUAGAGGUGGAGCCCAUGGAGAGGUUCUCGGUGGUGGAAACCAUAGAGAUGGAGUCCAUGGAGACGUUCUCGGUGGUGGAAACCAUAGAGGUGGAGCCCAUGGAGAGGUUCUCGGUGGUGGAAACCAUAGAGAUGGAGCCCAUGGAGACGUUCGUGGUGGUGGAAACCAUAGAGACAUCACCUAUGGACACAUUUGUGGUGGCCAUGGAGGUGACAACCAUAGAGGUGGAGCCCAUGGAGAGGUUCUCGGUGGUGGAAACCAUAGAGGUGGAGCCCAUGGAGACAUUCGUGGUGGUGGAAACCAUAGAGACAUCACCUAUGGACACAUUCGUGGUGGCCAUGGAGGUGACAACCAUAGAGAUGGAGCCCAUGGAGGUGUUCUCAGUGGUGGAAACCAUAGAGACGUCACCCAUGGACACAUUCUUGGUGGCCAUGGCAGCACCAACCAUAGAGAUGGAGCCCAUGGAGGUGUUCUCAGUGGUGGAAACCAUGGAAACAUCUCCCAUGGACACAUUCUCGGUGGUGGAAACCAUGGAGACGUCACCCACAGAGACAUUCUUGGUGGCCACAUCAAGCCUGGAAGUGCCACCAACGGCCCCGGAGACUCCGCCCACCCCAACGGCGCCCAUGGACACUGGGGGUCCCCAUGGGACCUUCCGAGAGCGCCCAAACGUCCCGGAGAGAUGAUGGCGCCGGGCGGGAAACGGGCGCGGAUGGAGGACACCAACGGGGAGGAGAACGCGGCCACCAGGUGCCUCAGUUUCCCCAUUGACCCAAUGGACCUCAAGGACGACCCCGAUGACCUCAGUGACACCGGGAGCUCCGGAUCCCCGAGGAGCGACGGAGCCACCGGAACAGCCUGGAACGAAGACACAGGUGCCACCUCGGAGGAUGAGGGUCCCCCCCGUGUCCCCCCCACGCGUCCCCAUCUGUGCUUUGAGAUCAGCAGCGAAGAUGGACUGAAUGUCACCGCAGAGACCAUCGAUGGCGCGUGGCGGGCGGUGGCUCAGAGGGUGCAGGAGGCGCGAGCUCACGCCCGACUGGAGCAGCUCCGUCUGGCGGGGAUGUCGGGGCCGCGGCUGCUGGGGACGCACCACGACGCGGUGGUUUUCCUGCUGGAGCAGCUGCCAGGCGCCGGCGCCGUGGGGCGAUACCGCUUCCGGUACCACCCGCGCCGAGAGGCGCCGCCGCCCGCCCCCAGGAACCCCUCCGGCUGCGCCCGCGCCGAGCUCUACCUGCGCACCCGAACCUUCGACACUUUCAGCUUUUUGGCGUCGCAGCACCGCCCCCCCCCCCCAGGGCCCCCCUCCCCGGACGACGACGACGACGACGCUGCCCUCAAACCCCCCCGGCGGGUGGCGAGUUUGGAGCUGCCCAUGGCCAUGAGGUUCCGACACCUGAAGAGAACGGCCAAGGAGGCACUGGGGGUCUACAGGUCGUCGAUCCACGGGCGAGGGCUGUUCUGCAAACGCCCCAUCGAGGCGGGGGAGAUGGUCAUCGAGUACUCGGGAAUUGUCGUCCGCUCCGUCCUCACCGACAAGAGGGAGAAGUUCUACGACAGCAAGGGCAUCGGCUGUUACAUGUUCCGCAUCGACGAGGCGGAGGUGGUGGACGCGACGAUGCACGGCAGCGCCGCGCGGUUCAUCAACCACUCCUGCGAACCCAACUGCUACUCCCGCGUCAUCCACGUCGAGGGCCACAAACACAUCGUCAUCUUCGCCCUCCGACGCAUCCACCGCGGAGAGGAACUCACCUACGACUACAAAUUCCCCAUCGAGGAACCCGCGGCCAAACUGCCCUGCAACUGCGGCGCCAAACGCUGCCGGCGCUUCCUCAACUGAGGAACACCUUGGAGGCAUCUCCGGGGGCUUCCGGAGGGGCACCAAAAGGGAGCUGCACACCGAUAUGGACCUUCUGGAGAUGCCUUCAAGAGUUGGGAGUGAUCAGAGGUGAUUAGGAGGGAGAUAUGGAAGCUCUGGAGAUGCCUUCAAGAGUUGGGAGUGAUCAAAAAGGGCGUUAGAAGGGAGAUAUGGAGGGUCUGGAGGUUCCUUCAGGGGUUGGGAGUGAUCAGAGGGCAUUAGGAGGGAGAGAUGGAAGCUCUGGAGAUGCCUUCAAGGGUUGGGAGUGAUCAAAGGGCAUUGGAAGGGAGAGAUGGAGGGUCUGGAAGGGAAAUAUGGAGGUUCUGGAGGUGCCUUCAGGAGUUGGGAGUGAUCAGAGGGCAUUGGGAGGGAGAGACGGAAGCUCUGGAGAUGCCUUCAAGAGUUGGGAGUGAUCAGAGGGCAUUGGGAGGGAGAGA